AUGCUGCAAGGCAAGAGCUCGCUGCUCUUCACCUAUGGCGUCACCGGCGGCGGCAAAACGUACACGAUGGCGGGCGGACCCAUGGCAGCCGGCAUCCUGCCAAGAACCGUCGACGUUCUCUUCAACAGCAUCAAGAAUAAGGCCGACAAAUACACCUUCCAACCGGACAACCGCAACGGCUUCUACGUCAGCACGCCCGAGGAAGCGGCGCAAGCUCGGCGAGCCAAUGAUCGAAACGACCCCGACUACAGCACGCAUAUCGUCACCGAGCGUCAGGUUGAACCCCGACAGGUAUCCGGGUUCUCAGACCACUACGUCGGCUCGGUGUUCAUUACGUUUGUCGAAGUCUACAACAAUUACAUCUACGAUCUCCUCGACGAUACCAGAGAGAAGCCGAUUUCGCGCGACACGCGCACGGACAUACGGAAUGCGGUUUAUGUAGAAGGGGCUACGGAAGUCGAGGUGGAGAGCGCCGACGAGGCAAUCGAAUGGCUAGCGCGAGGUGAGCAACGUCGCCGCGUCUCCGACACGUUGCUGAACAAAUCAUCGUCCCGCCUCACUCCGUGUUCACCAUCCGUCUCGUGCAGGCGCCUUUCGAGUCUAACGAGUCCUACUACCCGACCCAAGAUGUUAAGAAGUGCCAUCAACAACUCGCUGCUGACCCUCCGGCUCUGCUUUGAGAAGCUGCGCCAUAACCAACGUCGUCGAGGCCCCGACCAGACCCAAAUCGUGCCGUACCGCGACUCGAAAAUUACCUUGCUUUUCAAGCAGUUUUUCGAGGGAGCUGGGAAAGUGCGAAUGAUUCUCUGCAUCAACCCCAAGCCUGCCGACUAUCAGGAAAACCUGAACGUACUCGAAUUUGGCGAGGAAAGUCGCGCCAUCAAAGUGCGGGCCGACGAAGACAGACUGUUUGACAGUGGCGCGGACCGCCCGCCGGUGCCGAAGCGCUUCUUCGUGCGCUGGAACCAAGAGGCUGAUCGGAUCGACACGUCUUCCCAAGGCUCCUCCAUCGCGGACAUGGCUCAACAGCCGCCUGAGCCCGAGGGCGAUGACGAUGCGCAAUACAUCAAGCGAAUGCGCGUCUGGGUUGGUCAGCGACACACUGCUCACACGACACUUCUCCAGGGCCUCAAGCAGUCGGAUCUCACGUUUGAAGCCAAACUGCGGAGUGCUCUGUGUCUUCUCGACUACCGCAACCACGAGCUCGCCGAAAUGAAGAAUCAAAAGGAGGAAGACGAGGCCGCCCUUGCUCGAAUUUCUUCCCAGCUACGCCAAGCCAACCGUGAAGUGGUCUCGCUGCGCACCAGAUUGCGCCACUACGAAGAAGAAGACGCAAUGGCCGUCGACCGAGAGGCCCAGCGCCGCCAAGAGGACAAGCUGCAGCGCCAACAGUACAAGGAUACGCAACGGGCUCUGAAAAAGGUGAAUGAAGUCAUCGAGAGUGCAUCGCCAACAGUCGCCCAGCUGAAGGCCCAGUUCUUGGAAGGAACUGGAGGGUCGAAAUCCCAGCCGGGACCGUCCACCAGCGGCGGAAACCGGCGUCCGGCCGCCAGGGAAAACGACUUCGUCGUUGGGAAUGGUGUGAGCGCGUUUGAUCCGCGCUUCAAGCGAAGGUCGAAAUCUGUGCCCCGGGUCCUCAUGCAUCAAUCCAACAUCCGGACUCCUACUUCGAACAUUCUGCGCCCAAAGCUACCUCCAAAUGCGAUGUCCACUGCCGCGCCGGGCAGCCGUGACCUCAGGAAGAGCUCGGAGUACAUGCUGACCCAUGAGGGCCUCGACAAAAAAGGAAACAUGGCCACGAGUAUUGUCAAGGGUCGCGUGAUCCCCACGGCCGGUGGCGGCACAGCCGUCUGCUUCGACGACGUCGAGAAGGCGACCAGCGAAAAGGACUUGAUCAACCGCACGACGCUCUUUAUUUCUUCAACGGGUCACCAUUCUUCUGUGAUGAAGUACGGGCUGUCUGACGAAGACGGGCUCGUCGACCUCAAAAGUUCUUUUUUCGACGCCACCAACUCAAAUGGACCGCCCAUCCCGACGUUUUACUCCCGGCCGCACCAGCUCGAAAGUCAUCCGCCGAGUUCGAGUGCGUGCCAAGAGGGCUUGGAUCUGAUCUCCGAAUUACUGCAACGUGCCAAGGUAGCUGGCAAAAAACAGGCUGAGAAGAUGCAGCUGCAGCAGUCGGCCGUCAAGGCAAAAGCCGAUGCCGAUUGGUCUACGUACAAGCGGAAAUCUUUGGCUGAGGUUCUCCAAGAAAAGGCGAAAGUCCAUCCCAUUCGCAAUGAGCGUCAGGAAAAUGGACGAUCCACCAGCACGACAUUCGCCACGGCUUCCCCGGUCGCAAAGCAUCCAACUAUUCAUGGGGCCUUUCCGUCUACUCCAGCUUUCAGGUCUUCGGUGCAAGACCCGUUUGGCCCCUUCACUUCGACACCUAUUCGUGCGAGCCUCCUGCCUGGACUGGAUUUCAACUUGACGCAAACGCUGAAUAAUUCACAAUCUUCGGCUUCGCAAACAAAAUCUAUGACGCAAGUCUCCGCGAACGUACCGUUACAUCAAGAAAAGCAAUUCACGAAUUCCGAAGCUUCUCGCCAUGAACCCACUUCCCCCGUUAUCUUGACAUCUCCAGUUGAAAAAAAGGAGGUUCAUGAGACUAGCACCGCCGUCACGUGCUCUUCCGGUCCGGCCGUCAAAUUGCUGAUCGAAAGACCGGAAGCACCGAAGGUCAACCCUCAAAAGGGCGCCACGAAUGGCGGCGACAAGCCGAUCGUGCUGACUAGCUGCAACGUGAGGCUGCCCACGUCCUCGCCGGUCGGCACGACCAACGUCCAAAUCAAAAACGAGCACGGAAUCAUCUACUCCUGCAGCCGAAGCGUCACCCCGGGAAAGAACAGCUCCGGGGCUUCCAAUGUCGUUAAUGCGUCGCCUGCGAGGUUGGACUUCUCAUUUGGCUCCAUCGACAAUCUGCUGGCCGACUCAAUCAAGAAACAGAACCAUGUGGCGUUGAAUGUCAAAAACGAGGAACAGUUAGAUAAAAGGGCUGACAACCAGGCGAACAAGGAGACCGCGACGACGCCGUGUCUAGACUCCACAACGCUAGGUUCGGAGCCCGAGAGAAGCGCCACGAACAGCCCAGUUACACCUGCGGAAAACCGGGACGGACGCCGCAGCCCGAUAAAGCCUUCUCUCCUCGACUACUAUGCGAAGGAGGUUCAGUAUAAGAACGAGUUGGAUGCCCGAAUGAAGACUAUCGAGACACAACUGGAUGCAACCUUACGCUCCCACAUCAAGCGCUCCGUCCAAGAAAAGAUCAACAUCACAAUCAAGCGCCAGGUGACAGACGAGGAGAUUGUAAAUGUGGCGAAUUUCUUCGGAAAUCUUGCCGUCGGACAUUCGCUGGCGGGAGCCAAGGAGCAAAGCCUCAAACUGAGUUCGGCCGCUGAAGUAUUCUAUAUGCUCAACACUGCUUGCGACAAAUUCUUGCGACAGGCCGAACAGAAUGUCCAUCUUUGUGAAGUGGUCGCCCGAAUAUUGGUCUCGGUGGCCAUGAAGCAGCUCCCAUUUGCGAAGAUUGUCCUUGGGCGGCUCUUCUGCACUUGUCUUUUUCUGGGAAUGGACCGGGAAAAAUGCACCGGAAUGGCCGAGACAGUCGGCAACAUGGAGGCGGACCCGCGAAAGUUGUUGAUGGACGCGCAACGCGCAUUACUACGCGUAUUUUUCUACAUUCAUCGUAUCACACUCGAGCAGCGGGCGGAUGUGCAGCGGUUUCAAUUCAAGAACGUUUGGCGCACCUUGGCGUUCGUCAUCAACGAUCCGCCGGUGGACCUGGCCACGCCGUUGGUGUUGAACGAAUUACUGGAGAUCUGCGGUGAUCAGUUGAAGGCUACAUACGGUGAAGUGAUGAGCCGUACGCUGUCUUGCAUCCGUCACCAAUUGCUCGACUUGCUCGAAGAACAGCUGCUUGCUUCCCGGAGGGCCGGACAAGCCACCUAUCUGACCAUCCUUCGCAAUCGAUUGGACGAACUUUUG